GCGUGCCGAACGCAAAGCAAUGAAAGCUGCAAUCACGACAGUUUCACACGUUUGGACACAACGAGAGCCGGUGCGUUCGUCUCUGUGGCCCCUUCAACACUUUAUGUUCGCCCUAAGGAAUUAUCUGGAUCGAGAUCGAGGACCAAUGUCUAGUUGCUUCGACAAGCACUGGUGUGAGAGUAUUUGUAUUGAAGCGACAACCGCAAGUAAGAUCGUUUUGCGACGGCAUUUCUGGUAGUUCUACAUUUUUUUACCCCUCUAGUACCAACGCUUAAGACUAUGAACUCAGCCGCAAAAGGCGCACCUACAACCGAAGAAGUCCUGCCUUCCUCGCUGCACCAGGAGCUGAAGCUAGCUUUUGGCCUUAUUUUGGUGAGUUUGCUAUGGGGCGCGACGACGCCUUUCAUCCGCCUCGCAGCAAAGGGAGGGACUGAGGGAUCGAUCGCAGAAAAUGAAGAUAAAACGCGUUCACGUUCGAGGGAAAGAAACGGCUCUGCUGCAAAGGGAUCUCGUCGGACGCGUUCGGGAAAAAAGGCACUCGCGUUGUCAUCGAAAGGUGGAGGAGCUACGGGUUCUUCUUCGCGAACGCGACCUGUGCCUUCGAAUAACUCAAGGAGUCGAACUAGGACACCUGCGGCAAAAACGAACCGGUUACUGGCAUCAAGAUCAUCCUCCAGCGGAGAACAGCCAGUACGCACAGACACUGCACACGGCAGUGUCGAAGAACUGGGUCGUGCACAUCAAAAGAUCGGCGCGACGCAGAAACGACGAUCUUCGCACCACCUAACUUGGCGCCGCCUUUCGCAAAUCUUGUUGAACGCACGCUUUUACCUGCCGUACCUACUGAACCAAGUCGGGUCUGUGUGCUACUACUUCCUGCUCGGUGAGUUUGACGUCAAAAUCAUGGUUCCAGCCGCAAACGGCUUGGCUCUCGCCGUCACGGGCAUCACGGAAUUUGUGUUGCAGCAUCGCUGCCCGGGGUGGCGGGAAGUCGCGGGCAUUUUGUCGAUCUUGCUGGGCUUUUCGCUGUGUGUCGCCUCGACAGCGGGAGAGUCUUGACCGGGAACCGGACAUGAGAGUCAAUUCGCCACUUGGCCGAGGCUACUACUUUUCACACAGGCAAUGAAGCUGUUGAACUUGAAGAUGCAAGAACAUGAAUCAAAAGAAGAAUUCGGACUUUCUGUUUCUGCACAGUUCGUUCCUUCUCUUGAAGCAGUCGUUCCCAACGAGCUCUCUCUCUUGCUCACGAUGAAUGACCAAAAACGAGAAACCAAAAGCAUCACUGCAAUCCAAAAAU